GAGGGGUCCUGGAGAGAGCGGCUCCCUGGGGGCGGGUCCCGGUCUCCUACCACCCCCCCUCGGCUCCUCCUCCUCCUCUUCCUCCCCUAGAGGCCCGGCCGGCGCGCAGCCCGAGUAGCGCCAACUUCGCCAACUGUUCGUAAGUUGCCGGGCGCGCAGUGGUGGGAGCUGGGUGGGGUGAGGAAGAGGAGGAGGAGGAAGGCUCCCCGGGCGCCUUGGACGCGGUUCAGGAAUCCGCUGCCGCUGCCGCCACAGUCGCGGGCAGCUCUCAGGCUCGGGCCGGAGCGGGAGGGCGCCAGGCAGGACCGCUCGCUCGCUCGCUCGCUGCGCAGGCGGGACGGCGCCCGCCUGGCGCCGCUUCCAGCCCCGCGUGUCGACCGGCCGGGCCGCGCCUCCCUCCCUCCCUCCCCGCUGCCGCCCCCGGCGAGGGCGCGGAGCCCGGGCCGCGCAGGAGCUGGGGUCGCUUUUGCCGGGAUCUUUGGAGGCAAGGACGAAGUUGCAAGCGGAUGCUGCCCGCGCCCGACCCCAGCCUCGGAGGGGCAGAUCCGCCUGCGCCGGAGGAGGCUCGGCGGCCGAGAGAAGAGGUCUUGCUGUUGCUCAGGAUGGUCUUGAACUCCUGAACUCAAGUGAUCCACCCACCUCUGCCUCCAGAGUGCUACAAUUACAGGGACAAGGGUGUCCCCCACCUGAAGACAAAAAAGACAAGCCGGGUCCCAAGUGAUGUUCCUGAGCUGAGUGUCCACGACCAGCCUGAGGAGUCCCCAUCUUUCCCCAUGGAGAAGGGAUUCUCUUUGCCCCAGGACUGCCGGGACUUGGUGCACAGCCUGAGGAUGCGGGGCAAAUAUGCCCUUUUCUUGGCUUUUGUGGUGAUAGUUUUUGUCUUCAUUGAAAAGGAAAAUAAAAUCAUAUCAAGAGUCUCCGACAAGCUGAAGCAGAUCCCCCAAACCCUGGCAGAUGCCAACAGCACCGAUCCAGCCCUGGUCUUGGCUGAGAACGCGUCCCUCCUGUCCCUGACCGAGCUGGAUUCCGCCUUUUCCCAGCUGCAGAGCCGCCUUCGCAACGUCAGCAUGCAGCUGGGCGUGGAGCCCGCAGCGGAGGCCGAGGCGGAGGAGACGGCGCCCCCACCCGGCCGGCCCCGGCGCCACGUGCUCCUCAUGGCCACCACCCGCACCGGCUCCUCGUUCGUGGGCGAGUUCUUCAACCAGCAGGGCAACAUCUUCUACCUCUUCGAGCCGCUGUGGCACAUCGAGCGCACGGUGGCGUUCGAGUCGGGGGGCGCCAGCGCCGCGGCCUCGGCCCUGGUGUACCGCGACGUGCUCAAGCAGCUCUUCCUGUGCGACCUGUACGUCCUGGAGCAUUUCAUCUCGCCCCUGCCCGAGGACCACCUGACCCAGUUCAUGUUCCGCCGGGGCUCCAGCCGCUCGCUCUGCGAGGACCCCGUCUGCACGCCCUUCGUCAAGAAGGUUUUUGAGAAGUACCACUGCAAGAACCGCCGCUGCGGGCCCCUCAACGUGACGCUGGCUGCCGAGGCUUGCCGCCGCAAGGAGCACAUGGCGCUCAAGGCCGUACGCAUCCGCCAGCUGGAGUUCCUGCAGCCGCUGGCCGAGGACCCCCGGCUGGACCUGCGGGUCAUCCAGCUGGUGCGUGACCCCCGGGCCGUGCUGGCCUCCCGCAUGGUGGCCUUCGCAGGCAAGUACGAGACCUGGAAGAAGUGGCUGGCCGAGGGGGAGGACCAGCUGCGAGAGGACGAGGUGCAGCGGCUGCGGGGCAACUGCGAGAGCAUCCGCCUAUCGGCGGAGCUGGGCCUGCGGCAGCCGCCCUGGCUGCAGGGCCGCUACAUGCUGGUGCGCUACGAGGACGUGGCGCGCAGGCCCCUGCAGAAGGCCCGCGAGAUGUACCGCUUCGCAGGCAUCCCCCUGACCCCACAGGUGGAGGACUGGAUCCAGAAGAACACGCAGGCCACCCGCGACAGCAGCGGCAUCUAUUCCACCCAGAAGAACUCCUCAGAGCAGUUCGAGAAGUGGCGCUUCAGCAUGCCCUUCAAGCUGGCCCAGGUAGUGCAGGCCGCCUGUGGCCCUGCCAUGCACCUCUUCGGCUACAAAUUGGCACGGGAUGCCGCCUCCCUCACCAACCGCUCCGUCAGCCUGCUGGAGGAACGGGGCACCUUCUGGGUCACGUAGGGGCCCUGGGGCCCUGUGUACCCCUCCUGGUAAAAGGCCCGCCCUGCCUUCCUCACACCCAGGCCAGUGGUGAGAUGCAGCCCUCGCCGAGGGCGGCUGGGACGCUGCCCCGUAAGCAGGCAGCCCCUUGCUGUAGCAGUAGGCCCCCAGCCAGCUAGCAUCCCCACCGCAGCCACAGGCCCUGGGGUGUCUCUGAGAACAGGACAGUGCCUGGUCCCUUUUUGGACUGUCACCCAGUCCUGAGGGGCUACAGCUUUCUGAGCAGGCCUAGGCAGGCCCAGGCCUAUCGACGCACCUCUCUCUUUCUCUCUCUCUCACACACAUUAAUACAUGGAGACCCUGUGGGCCAGAGUCCAAAUGUUUAACAACCAGAAGGGGCAAAGUCACCUGCCAGCCACAGCCAGCCCUCCUGCUAUAUCACUGUAGCCCUUUUGUUCUAAAUUUGGGGAAUCCUGUAUGGGUGGGCCCUUGGAGAGAUGCAGGGACAGCCCAAGGUAUCAGGGGUGGAAUAUGAGGCUUAUAAUGUGACAGUGGCUGUUUAUCUACCGGUACAGAACAAUAUUUCCAUAAACAGGAUGGCUGUUCUGGCUACUGAUGAGUAUCAGCUCUGUGUACAGCAACAAAGCACAAACAAAUACAAAGAUAGACAUAAUGUACAAACCACACACACAGAAAAGCAUCUUCAAAACAUAAAACACACAUACAGACAGCCUUCCCUGUUGCUUUUUGCCCACAGUGUUUGUCUGUAUCACACACCUGAUGAGGAGCCUGUAAUUGCAUUUUUAGGACUAUUUGGAGAGGCAGGGAAGAAAACACAGUGGAGGGCAAUGGCACAGUGUCCUGCCCAGGUUUGGAACUAAACAGAUUCGGAAUUGCAGAGUCCAAAGCCUCUGCCCACCUUAGAUUUUCAUGGCUACCUCCUCCGACCCACCCUCCACAUCCUUACACUGGCAGGCAGGAUGUUUUGAAAUGGUGUGGCAAAGGCGCCACCAGCUCUGCUGGCUCACUGUCCGUACUUGAAGGCUGCCUGGGGCCUGGCUGGCAGAAGCAGCUGUGGUCCCUGGAGGCAAAAGGCAGCUCACAGUCCUGCCAUUUCUAGCCAGUCCUCAACUAGAGCAGGGCCAAGAAGAAAGCACAGAGUGCUCCUGGGGGAGAAGUCACACCAGGAUGCACUCCCUCCCCUGAGAAGGCUGCCUUCUCCCUCCUGGGCAGAGGUCAGCCAGCUGGUCACCAUGGUUACAACUAGUGUCUGGAAUUCCGCCUUUAGGGCUCUGGGAAGAGUAUUGCUCAACGCAGGAUGGGCUGGGUGUUUUAUUUGGGGAUUUUAGGUUAUUUAUGGCUUAGUGUCUUUCUUGUUUUGUGGCUGUGUUUUUGGUUUUAUUUCUGCAGGACUGUGGGCUGAGGGAGGCUGGGGAAACCAGCAGGGAGCAAUUGGCUCCUGGCAGAGAGAAAGGACAGGAAAAGGAGACUUCUCCCAGAGAGAUCAGGACUAGGUGACCGUGUGGUAGCCCACAGUGCCCCAUGGGCUUUUUGCUUUGAACCCCAUGUGCUAUCAAUCUUAGAAACCACCAGUGUUCUUGCCCCGUGUCCAGAAGCAACAUAAAUAGCAGCCCUUACCCUGUCUCUGAGAAGAGGCUAGAUUUGAAAAUCCUUCCUGGGCCCUAACACCUUUCCUGGGGGGCCAGGGGCCUGAUGACCAAGCAGUGAGUAUCUCCAAAGUGGAAGCCCUUCCCCAUGACUAUCCCAAACCCAGAAGCAGAACUCCAUACCACCUCAGAGCUGGCAGGAGCAUCACCAAGAACCACCCAGCUCUUUCUGAUUUCCUGGACAAUGUCUAUGUCAGAUACAACCCAUUGUCAAACCCAGAGGGCUGAGUUUUGGUUGGAGUAAAUGGACAACCAGGGAAGUACAACUCUGGCUGGAGUUGCUGUGAAGAAUAUGCCCUGGCAGGAAGCCACUGUUUGGAAAGGUGAGAACAGUAGCCAUCUUGUGGGAUUUGGUAUAAUCAGUGUAUUUGAGCUAUUGGGUCUCUUAUCAACAUGGAUUUCAGUCAUUCAAGGAGGUUUCCGCUCUUGGUUUUACAGUCCAGCAACAGAGUACAAACAAAUAUAGUUCUGAAGACUUGACAUUGGGGCAGAGUGGGGCCACUAUAUUUCUGGCAGGCCCAGAAGUAUGGCUAUUCUUCCCCACCCUGCACCCUGCUCCCCCAGUUCCCUGCUGGGGUUGGAGCCCUGCCACCUCCAUCCAGGGCUCUCCCUUGGGACCUCCUGAUGUGGACAGACAACUUGAUCUUCCCUGGCUGUGCCUUUGGGGCCAAGGCCAUGUCUCCACUCUCUGAGGAUCUUAUCGAGAAUGGACCUUUGAGACUUCUCAGGACAUUGGCAAUGUGUACAUUGCAAGUUGACUUUAUUUAUUUAUUUUGUGAAAAGAGACAUAAAAUACCUUAUUAUUUGCAGGGACUCAAAGCUGUACCCAAAUCAAGAAAGACAAAAGGAUAAAAACCAUUCACACACUCCAUACACACAAAGACACCCAAAGACAAUUUGGAAUACAAAAGGGGAGUAAACCAACAUCACGAUGGUCCCAGGAUAGAGGAGAAUCCUUGAUUGUAUCUCUUAAUGAUUUGA